GAAGGAGAGAGAGAGAGAGAGAGAGAGUUAAAGUGGAGAGAGUUGACUGGAGGACUCAGUGACUGCUGCUCCACUUCCCACCAUGAGUGGACCGACUAAUGUUCAGUACCAGUCUGGUCUUUAUGGAGGAAACAACAACAGCAGCUCGCCGCUCUCCAGCCGGGGAAACUCGCCCAUCGUGUGCGAGCGCUGCGGGGAGGUGUGUCGCGGCGAGGUCGUGCGCGUCAAGAACACACACUUCCACGUUCAGUGCUUCACGUGCCAAGUGUGCAGCUGUGACUUGGUGCACUCAGGUUUCUUCCACCACUCAGGAGAAUACAUCUGCACCGAGGACUACCAGCGGCUCCAUGGGACCCAGUGUGACAGCUGUGACACGUACAUCACUGGAGAGGUGGUGUCUGCUCUGGGGAGGACGUACCACCCGCACUGCUUCGUCUGCAGCAUCUGCAGGAGCCCGUUCCCAAUCGGCGACAGGGUGACCUUCUGCGGGAAGAAGUGUGUGUGUCAGCAGUGCUCGCACUCUCUGGGCAGCGACAAGCCCAUCAAGGUCCAUGGGCCCAGCUACUGCGCCGGCUGUGGUGAGGAGAUCAGACAGGGUCAGUCCCUGCUGGCUCUGGAGAGACAGUGGCACGUCAGUUGCUUUAAAUGCCGGACCUGUGGCUGUGCGCUCACUGGAGAGUACAUCAGCAAGGAUGGGAUUCCUUACUGCGAGGCUGAUUACCACUCACAGUUUGGGAUCCGGUGCGAGGGCUGUACCAGGUACAUCAGCGGCAGAGUGCUGGAGGCUGGAGGGAAGCACUACCACCCCAGCUGUGCCAGGUGUGCGCGCUGUCACAUGAUGUUCUUGGAAGGAGAGGAAAUGUACCUCACAGGUUCAGAGGUUUGGCACCCCAUGUGUAAAGAAGCAGCUCGGCUGGAGAGAAAACUGAGGCUGAGACGUACGUCUGAGACGGCCUCCAUUUCCCCCACGGCCUCCUCCCCUCUGCUCGGAUCUCCUCACCGCCUUAUCUGCUCAAAAGCCGACAGUCACGUUCUGGACUAUAAGCAGCUGGCGGCUCUGCCCAGGGUCAAAGCCAUGUAUGACAUCCAGCGGCCUGACAUCAUACCUUAUCAGUCCGACCAGACACACCUCUCUGACGACACUCUGGAGCGAUAUAGCUGUGGACAGUCAUUGGGCUCCUUGUCACCAUACUCUCAUGAUGUUCUGGACGGCGUGGAGUUGAGAACGAGGCGCUCCUCCAGCUCUGCCUUCACCGACUCUCCUGCACACAGUCGCCACGGAGGGUCCCCUCUGCAUUAUUAUCUCCCCGGCAGUGAGAGUGGCAGGAGUUCACCAUAUUACUCUCAGCCAGAGCCCAGGUGUUCCACCCCCGACUCCACCGACACCCUCCAAGCCCCCAAGCAUUUCCAUGUGCCAGCUUCUGAAGAAACCAACAUCUACAGGAAACCCCCCAACUAUAAGAGACUAGACACCUCUGCCUCUCCGACAGCCAGUAAGAGCAAAACCAAUGAGAAUCUCAACAAUUCCAGUUGCCUUUCUUCCUCCAACUGUAACAGCAUGUAUCACCCAGGCUCCAACUACUACCCAUACACCGGCUCUCCUAAAGUCUCUAGGGUGAGGAGGUUUUCGUCCGGAGGGGAGGAAGACGGCUGGAAUCACAAUAUCAACAGGAGCAUUGGCAGGAUGAUCCUGAAGGAGGAGAUGAAGGCGCGGUCAGGUUGUCACGACAAUGACCAGUGGGGGAGCAGACGCAGUUCCCGUUGCAGCAGCAAGGAGGCACUGAACAAUCUGGGAUACGGCUCCCUCAAUGGCUCUCCCCGGUCUGUCUGCAGCGCUGACAGCGAUUCAUAUGUUGCCAAAUCGGCCUCGUUGCCAGGAUAUGGCAAGAACGUGCUGAACAGGCCUGGGAGUGCCGGUGCAGAUUAUUACCAGUAUGACAGCGGUAAUGCAGUUAAUUGGCAGAUCAGAGAAUACAAGAUCCAUCCCUAUGAAGCCCUAGUGGUGUCUGUCAGAGGGUGUCUCCCCAGUGACGUCGACCGGGCCAGACUGGAGCGUCACCUCUCACCAGAGGAGUUCCACAGAGUCUUUGGCAUGUCCAUGUCGGCCUUUGACCGCCUCGCUCAGUGGAAAAAGAAAGAACUUAAGAAACAGGUCAGACUCUUUUGAGAAAAUGAAGUCAUCUGGGACUGUCUGACUGAGUGCAGAUUACUGCACUGACUGUGGGUCUCAAUGGAACAGGCUGAAAUGAAAAGGACUGACUUUCCUCAAAGUGGCCAGAGCAGAACUUGGAGCAAACGUAUUAAGGUCAGCCAAGCGGCAAAAUGAGAAGAAGAAGUGUGAGGAGAGAACAAAGACGUCCAGAGACACCAGAGAAUCCACAACGGGACUAUGAUGAGGAGGAGGAGUUGCCUGCUUUUCCUUGCUCUACCAGCAGAUGUCAGUGGGUUAACUUGAUCUACAGGGAGGCAUCUGAUAUCACCAUUUUAUCUGUAGACUCAGGUUCAGCCUCACUGAGUCAAACUGCCCAACAAGAGAGAGGUGGUAUGGAGAAUCGGCCGACGUGAAGAUAGACCGGCUUAUUGUUUAAAAGGUUCAAACACAAACACUGUCCACUGUGGUUCAUAAGCUGACACCACAGGUAAAGGAGCCCAGUGUGAAGGUUACUGAGCAUACCUGGUGUUUUUAUAAUCUGCUCAUACUGAAAAUCAAAGGUUUUCAUUUUGUACUACAGGCACGUGUUUGAUUUUAAUAUUUAAAGCCAUAUCAGUGUUUAGAGUUAAUGCCACUAACAUGAGCGGACUGUACCGGACACUGAAUUGUGUUUCCAGGCAUGAUGUGAUUGUAAGGUUCAAUGAGAAUGAGCUGAACCAUGUCAAUGCCAUGAGCUCACAGCUGUUAUUUAAGUUCCCAAAUCAGGGAGCACACACACAUUAGUAAAGUACACACUUUAAAAGAGGAUAUUUGCCUUUAGUUUUAUUUAGAGAAAUAAAUGUUUGCCGGUUCAUACUUUCAGCUGGACUCAUGGAACAGGUCCGAAUUCUUUCUGCUGGGUUACGAUUAAAUCCUAUGUUGGGGGGUGGGGUUAAAUCCAGAUCACAAAAUGGGAAUUUGUCUUCCUAAGGAGUCAUUAGGCCAUGUUUUAAGGUAAGGGUAAGGUGCAGGGUUGUGUGUGUUAGUGUGUCUGUGUGUGUGUGUGUUUGUAUAGAGGAAUUCUAUGGAUAGUGAGAAGCCCCUUAAAAAAAAAUCAAUUGUCAAGAGUCGGAAGGAAAUAGGAAAAGGAGAAUGUGGAAAGGAAGGAUGGCGACAAGGAGAAACAAGAGGGAUAACAAAAAAGAGAGUGUGUGUGUGUGUGUUUGUGUGUGUUUACCAUGUCUGACACUACCCAUGUACCAAGAAACUUUAAGUCUCAAGUCUACAAAAAAUGUGGACUAGCAAGAAUAAUUUACAAAAUUGUGUC